CCCUCCCCCGCCCCCGUCUCUGCCCUUUGCCCCCAGCCGGGAACCGGGCGUCUCUGCUGCCCCGGCAGCUCCCGGCGGGUCCCGCAGCAGCGACGGGCGAUGGGGCGAAUCCCCCACAGACCGGGCGGCCCUUGGCCGGGGAUUCUCCUGGCAGCCUCCGUCCUGGGCUCCUGCCUCCAGCCGGCGCCGGCCCAGACCCCAGUGACCAUCGUCCUCACCCCGCCGAGCCCCGAGGUGGGAGGGGGCGUCAGCCUGGCCCCGCAGCCAACGCCACAGAACUUCGUGCUCUGCUACUGGUACCGAUCAGCGACCGCUGCUGUAAACAACCGGAUCCUCACCUACUUCCCAAACCCCGCUCAGCAGAACGGCCCGGCCCACACGGGGCGGGAGACAGCGGGGCCGGGCUGCGUCCUGCACAUCGCGGGGUUAACGCUCAGCGACACCGGGAACUACACGGUGCAGAUACAGACCGAGACUAGCUCCGGCCUCGGCUCGGUGCCUCUGCGCGUCUAUGAAAAGCUUGCCAAGCCCACGGUGACGCCGAACCAAACCCAGGUGCCCGAGAAUGGGACCCUCACCCUCACGUGCAACACUUCCCCCAGCGCCGACACCGUGCUCUGGCUCCAGAACGGGUCGUACAUCGCACCCAACAAGCGGCUGGGGCUGUCCCCUGACAACCGGACCCUCACGGUGCAGAAUUUCACCUGGGGCGACGCCGGGACCUACCAGUGCGAGGUCGGGAAUCCCGUCAGCACUGAACGCAGCGAGCCCAGCACCAUGACGCUGGCCUUCUCUCCUCCAGACGCCCCUCGUCCAGGACUCUCUGCUGGGACCAUCGCUGGGAUCGUCAUCGGGUCACUGGCGGGGGCGGCGCUGAUUGGAGUCUUGGCCUAUUUCCUCUACUCUCGCUGCCGGAACGAGACCCCCAGGGAGAAUGAGGGACCCGUCCCGGUGUACGAGAACCUGCCCCCUACAGCUGGGGCGGGGCCAGUGGCCCAGCCCGGGAGUCCCCCUGACUCUAGCCCCACGUACCAGACGCUGCAGCCCCGACAGCCGGACGUGUACGAGGAGCUGAAGAAGUGACGCCCCCUCCUGCCCCCGGGGCCUGCUGGGAGGGGCCCGGGGCCUGCUGGGAAAGGCCCGUCCCUGAGCCUGGGUCCCGACGUCCCGUCGAUGAAGCGUUAAAGGCAGGAACAGUCACCGCCCGGCCCGGGGGGUCCGUCCGUCCGUCUGUCCAUGCUGCUCCCUGGGCCCAUCACCGCAGCGUCUGGGCCCCUGUGAGGAAAUCAGAAAGUCGGCGCCUGUGACUGGCUCUGGCUCCGGCUCCGUUGUGCCCAGCACAGGAUUCGGCUGGUGACGUCUCACGACCAAACACCCCCCGGCCUGGGACACGUGCCCUGUUCUCUGCCCGCCUGACCUGGGCCUGGCGCUCUGUGUCCCACACCAGGCCGUGGGAGCUCCCCACUGCACGGAGGGGCCCGGGCGGCUCAGUGACCGGCCUGGUCCCACGGGGAGUCUGUGGGGCUGCAGGGACUCAGACCUGGGUCUCCCCAGUGCCCGGCUGGUGCCCAAACCAGGGCCAGGGGUCCCCGCCCAGGGCUUCCCCCCACCCUCCCCCCAGUGCCCGGCCCCACGUCUUCCCCUGCCGGGGGCAGUUCUCCCCUGCAGAGCUGUGAGCAGCGACGCCGACCCGCCCGGACGGGCCCCGGGACCCCUGGCGGAGGGCACAGGGCACCGAGGGGUUCACAGGGCCCCCGGCCCUGACGUCUCCAGACCAGCCCCCAAAGGGGCUCGGGAGGUCCCUGCCCUGAGCCGGCAGCGCUGGGCGCGGUGAGCGCGGUGAGCCGUGUGCCGGGGGCACGUCCGGAGCUGUGUCUGGCCUGGGUCCCAGGGGCCGGUUCCAGCGGGGCAGCGGGAGGCACCAGGCCUGUCCCUGGCAGACAGGAGGCACCGGGCCGUUCUCUCUGUGCCCGGCUCCGGGGGCGCUGGGUGGUGCCGAGCUCGCCAGGCGGCUGGUUCCACCCGGAGCCAGGCCCCAGCAGCAUCGGCACCAGCCCCAGGGAAGCAGCCGGGACGGAAAAGCGCCCAGUGUGUGUGUGGGGCGUUUCUG